AGCAGGUCGCGGAGGACGCCAUGCGGCGGGGCGCACUCCUGGCGGGCGCCCUGGCCGCGUACGCCGUCUACCUGGUGCUGGGCGCGCUGCUGGUGGCGCGGCUGGAGCGGCCGCACGAAGCUCGCCUCCGGGCCGAGCUGGAGACGCUGCGCGAGGAGCUGCUGCGGCGCAGCCCGUGCGUGGCCGCGCCCGCCCUGGACGUCUUCGUGGAGCGGGUGCUGGCGGCGGGACGGCUGGGGCGCGCCGCGCUCGCCAACGCUUCGGGGCCCGCCAACGCCUCGGACCCCGCCUGGGACUUUGCCUCGGCGCUCUUCUUCGCCAGCACGCUGGUCACCACCGUGGGCUACGGGUACACAACUCCGCUGACUGAUGCAGGCAAGGCCUUUUCCAUUGCCUUCGCACUCCUGGGCGUGCCGGCCACCAUGCUGCUGCUGACCUCCUUGGCCCAGCGCCUGUCGCUGCUGCUGACCCGCGUGCCCCUCUCCUGGCUGACCGUGCGCUGGGGCUGGGACCUCCGGCGGGCGGCUCGCUGGCACCUGGUGGUCCUGCUGGGCGGCGUCGUGACCGUCUGCUUCCUGGUGCCGGCUGCUGUCUUUGCCCACCUGGAGGAGGCCUGGAGCUUCCUGGAUGCCUUCUACUUCUGCUUCAUCUCCCUGUCCACCAUCGGCCUGGGGGACUAUGUGCCCGGAGAGGCCCCCGGUCAGCCCUACCGGGCCCUCUACAAGGUGCUGGUCACAGCCUACCUCUUCCUGGGCCUGGUUGUCAUGAUGCUCGUGCUGCAGAGUUUCCGCCGCGUGUCUGACCUUCACGGCCUCACGGAGCUCAUCCUGUUGCCCAGUCCGUGUCCUGCCAGCGUCAGCGAGGCUGACGAUGAUCGGGUGGACAUUGUGGGCCCCCAGCCAGAACCGCAUCAGCAGCUUGCCGCCGACUCCCACCCUGACUACGCCUCCAUCCCCAGGUAGCUGGGGCGGGUGCCCUGAGGCCGGCGGGAGCUGGCCUGCGGCUGAGGGGCCCCCGUGACUGGAGCUGCUAUCCUGGACUGUCCUCGAGCACAGGCCCGUGUUCGCGGGGUCCACGGGGUUCGCGAGCCAUUGCCACCAGCUGUCCGUCCUUUGUUGUACCUGUCCCACGCCCCACGGGGCACCGCCACUGCCCUGUUCUUCCCCCUCAUGCCCCUUCUCUCACUCCCCCCACUCUGGGCUCUCUGGCUUUCCCUCUCACUCUCUGCGUCUCGUUCUUUCACUGACUCCAUCUGCCUCUCCCUCAGCCUCUCUUCACCAGCCCAUUCUAGCAGGCUCUGGGCUCAGAGCUCAUUUCCGGCACCCGGAAAUGGGUCACUAUACUCUGGGCAAGUGGCUGCCCCUGACCGGGCUUUGAUCUCCUCAUCUGUCAAGUGGAAAGAAUAUACUCACGCAUCCAAAAUUCCCUCCUUGCGCCGGCCCCAGGCUGGGCAGCGUGAGGGACACAGUGGUGGUUGAGGUGGCCCUGGGCCCGGCUCUCUUGGGUUCCCGGUCCAUCGAGGAGGACAGACCUGUCCCCACACAGCAGCAGCCAAGAUAGGCAGCACUUCAGGGAAGGAGGCAGAGAGGUCAGUGGUGUGUUCGAGAAAGCACAGGCAGAGGGGGCAGGGCUGAGGUGGAGGCGGCACAGGGACUGUGCCCAGUCCAGCCUGCAAGGUCAGGGAGGGCUUCCUGGAAGAAGGGGUAAUAACAACUCAGGGGAAGAAGGUGGACCUGACUUUUCUCAAGUGUCUCUAGGGAGCGAGAUCCGCAUGGAGAGCCCCGGGCGUAGGCUUGUGGGACAGAACCCUCUGCAGCAGCCUGGCAGGCAGAAAGCUGAGACAGGACCCAGCCUGGAUCCAGAUGGCACGGACGGCCCUGCCCUGAGCCGGGACACCAGUGUAACAGCUGUCCUUAUUUCCUGAGGACUAAUUGCAUAAGGUACGCUGGACUCUGGAGCCAGCCUGCUUGGGCUCAGAUCCCAGCUCAGCUGUGUCCUGCCUCUGUCCUUGGGCAGUCACUUCACCUCUGUGAUUCUGAGUUUCGUCAUCUGUAAAAUGGCCAUAAUAACAGUAGUUACUUCAAAGAUGAUGUCACAGAGCCAGCCGUGUUAUUCCGCGAUGCUUUCUUUGGCCAGGGCCAGGUGUUGUUCUGGGUAGUUUACUUACAAGGAGGAUAACAUCCUCACCCUUUUCCACAGGUGAGGAAACUGAGGCACAAGGUCUCAGACACAGAGCUAGGAGGUGACUGGUUUUCUGCUUACUGCGCCCCCAGAUUUGCCUUCUCCCCAGAUGGUACGUCAGAAAUAGCGCUUGCUGCUACGGGCCCUGUGGAAGUUACAGAAGGGAUGGGGCAUUUGAGGCAGACCUUGAUAACAUUGAGGAAGAAAGGGUGCGGGAGGCAUUCCAGGCAGAAGGAGCUGUGUGUGCCUGGAGGUAGGAAAGCCUGUCGAUGUCAGCUUCUGGCAACUGGUUUAUUGUGAUUGGAAUAUGGGGUG